UCUGCACUGGCAUGACAUUGUUAAUUGCGAAUGUUUCGCACCGCCGGCAGUAUUUUUUGACGUUUAUGAAAGAAAAAGCACUUGUUGCACUCGAAGUGUUAAAAUGUGAAAUGUAUAAGUAAAUGUUAUCAUGUGACAAAUCAUUUAGUGGUAUAAUUAAUUUAGAGUUUUCCUUUGAUGCGUUAAUACGAUUGACAUGGAUGUGUGAAUUUUGCGCAUCGAAGCAUCGUCAGAAAACUUGAACGAGGUAGACAAAGGGCCAAGUUGCUGACGAAUGUAUAAACUUUACGAGACUUGACUUAAGUCCUGGAGAUAAGUUGUCAAUCAUUGAAGAGGUGAAUUUAAUUAGAGAAAUGUUUGCUGAAUCUUAUCCAGGCGGAAUCAGUAACAUGUUAGCAUUAACUUGGAAUGAUGAGCUUGCUCUGAUGGCUACUGCUUGGUCCUCUCGUUGUCCUACACUCUACGAAACUGAUCCUUGUCCCAAAAUUAACGACGAUGAGUAUUUUAGUCAAAAUUUGGCGCAAUUUGUUGUUAAUCCAGGAUCAAGUCUGCGAACUGUAGAUGAAUUAGUACGCGUGUGGAUAGAAGCCCCAGAUUCUCAAUAUGAUCGAACUUCAUCAUUCGAUCAGAUUGUCGAUCCAUUGGUGUCAUCUAUUGGAUGUGCUUGGUCGGUGUUCUCAAUUCAGCCUACAGCAGAUUACGCUAUGGAUAUACAACGGAUUGUUUGCAAUUUCGACCAUGCUACGAAUAAUAGUCGAAAUUUUUCGAUUGGGAAACCGUGCUCUAAGUGCCCACCUCAAAAAACACUUUGCAUGAAUGGUUCUCUUUGUUCAGCUAGAAAAAGUUUUCAGGCGGUUAUAACUGAAUCACAUACGACAUUAGAACACGUAUCAGAGAGAACAACAUUAUUGGAAACUACUCUUCCCCCAAUUCAGACAACGGCUACUAUACCGAUAAGAGAUAUCACAGAAACAACUGUCACUCCCCUUCCCGUCACAAUCCCUUCGUCUACCGUUUCCAAUUGUGCUACAACGGUUUGUAAGAUUGAUGAUCGUGGACGCGCUCAUGGCAAACGCCGGAAAGGAGAUAAAGCGCGGAUGUCGACUGUUUGCUAUGAAUUUGUGACAAAACUUGUGAAAGUUUCAUCGAGAAAAACUACAACCUCUUUACCUACCCAACCUAUUAAAACCACAACUCCCGAAGCGAAAAAAACUGUGAAAAGUUCCGAUUCAUUUAUACCCAGGAAUAGAACGAUAGAUUUUCCAUUUAUGCACAAGAAUAAAACGGCAAAUAGGGAAAAGAUAAACAUUACUCCCAAAGGAUCGCGCAAAGAAAUUCUUAUUGACAGGAAAAGCUAUAGGCGUGAUGAGCCUUACCAUAAAUCUUCAGAAUUGGGUAUUUGGUUAAAUGGCAUUUGUCAUUGUGAAAAAAGAAAUUAUAAACCUAAUCACAAUAUAGAGAGUGCAAGAAAUUGUGAACGCAUAAAUAAUUUUUUUAGUGGCAGGGAACGCGACUCUGGUUCAAGAGCAGUUGCCAAGCCUUAUUACGAUGGUGAAAUAUGUAUUUGCUCUGGAUUUCGGAUGAGAUGUGAUCUUAUUAUUGUCUUUGUGGUUUUUAUAACAUUGUAUUAUAUCUGA